CAUUUAACACAGCCACUUGACAAAGGGUGUUUUGGGCCAUUAAAAACUGCUUGGAAGGCUGUGUGUCAUGAGUUCUGCACUAAAAACCCUGGUCGUGUGGUAACCAGAUACGAUUUCUCUGUAUUAUUUGCUGAUGCAUGGAGAAGGUCAAUGACACAGAGAAACAUUGCAAGUGGCUUUGAAGUAACUGGUAUAUGUCCUUUCAACAGAAAUGCUAUUAAAACUGGCAAUGACAAGCAAGAAACCAUCAGCCGUUCACUGUUAGACCAGACUGGUCUAGCAUACAUACCGCUCUAUAGUCCAGAUAUAAAGAGAACGAGGGAUCAUGAUUCUUCAUUCAAUUCUAGUCUCUUGGAGAGAUCACUUUCAGAGAAUGAUUUAUCGCAAGCUGUCACUCCAAUGCGAAGAGUAAUGCCUAUAGAGUCUUUUCUGAAAACUCCCAGUCAUCCCAGUAGCAAGCCCACCCUGAAGCCUAAAUCAUGCGGAAGAGUAUUGACUAGUGUUGAAUUCAUGACAUGUAUAGAGGAAAAGGAAAGAAUGAAGCAGGAAGCCUUGAAGGAGAAGGAGCGUAAAAGAAUUGCUAGACUUGAGAACCAGAAGGAAGCUAAUAGAGUAAAAGAGCUGAAGAGAAGUGCAAAUUUUACUAUGAGUGAGCACAGGCAAUUCUCUAAGAGGUUUGAAAAUGGGUAUGACAUUCCGGAUGAGAGGUAUGAGUUAUGGGUUUAGUUAUAUCGUCCUAAUAUGACAUCUCAAGAUUCAAAUGCUGAAGAUGAAGACCAAGAUUCCUUGAGUAAUGGUAUGUAACAGUAAAUU